AUACGCUCAUGGUGGUAACAGCAGGAGCUAUAGGUCUCAGUUGCCUUUAUGACCUUCACGACUAUUGACGUGUCCUUCUUCUGACAGUCACAGUUCUAGCAGGUACUUGUCAACGUGAGGUCUAUCGUCUUUUUGAUCUCAAACACCAGUGAGAAGUCUUCCUGCAGAACCAGUUCUCCUUCCUUCCUGCUGGCUUAACCUCAAGGUGAUCGCCUAUCGACAACAGUUCCCAUUUCCUGGCAUACAAAUCACCUGAAAGUCACAGCAAGCAUGCUGAAAAUGGAGAAAAUGAGAGGGGCAAUGUGGAUCAUAUUCGUCUUCUUUCUUUUAAAUGCAGCUCGUAGUCAAGAAAUUGCAGACAGCAAAUGCAGCAUUGAGUUUGAUGGAGAGUGUGUCAAGAGGGUGAGCUGCACUGUCGAAACAAAUGUUGUUAAAGAGAAAAGCGAACUCUUCGUCUCAUACAAAAAUCAAGAGCAGAUAGAAGAAGGUAUUGCAGAUUGUAAGUGGAGUCUGGAGACAUUUUACUGCGACCCUUCUAAAGGAUACUUUUGCGAGUUAAGGAUGCCAACAAACUUUUCUAUUUUCAUAAACACAACAGCAAGAUGCGUGACUUCUGGACAAUUCAUCAUUGAUGCAGCAAAUCAGCAAUCCAUUAAGUGCAAUGUUUCUGAGUACAAAAGAAAUACUCCUGACCAAUUCAAUCAGAGUGUCAGCACAACUACAAGCGGAGGCAAGUACCUUGUGACUCUGGGAGACAGCAAGAAUAGUGUUAAGUGA